AUGAGGACUGCAUCCUCCUCCUUCUCGUGGAUCAUUAACUGUUGGUAUAUUAAUUUUCUCAUCAUCAUUUUAUUAUCUGCUUUCUACUCAGUUAUAACACCUACUACUGCUCGGCUAACACCAUAUCCGCCUUCUACUGCAAAUCUUUCCACCUCAUGGAUCAUCAGUUAUAAUGCAGAUUCCCAAUAUAUAUUUGACUCAAAUCAGAUAGCAACAGGAAUUUUCAACCCCAUCCUCCUUACAGAAACCAAUGUAACUCGAUUCGCACUUAGCUUCUUCUGUCAAUUAGGGGAAAAUAGAAAUUGCAACUCUAAGAACCUCUUUGCCAUAUUCAUUGUUACUGAAGAUUAUGAAGUCAGUUUCGUAUCUCCUCCCUUAGUUUGGUCAGCCAACCGAGACCAUCCCGUCCAGAACAACGCGACACUGGAUUUCACAGCCGCAGGAGAACUGGUGCUGCGUGAUGCGGAUGGAACAAUGGUUUGGACCACCAACACGGCUGGUAAAUCCGUGAUUGGCAUGAACUUAACUGAUGCUGGAAACCUGCUGCUGUACGAUGUGAAUCACCAAGUGGUUUGGCAAUCUUUUGAUCACCCGGCCGACUGUUUGUUACCUGGCCAAAAGUUGUAUCAAGGUCAACAGCUGACAUCAUCAACAAACUGGACAAGUGAUCAGAAAGAUAUGUUCUCCCUUGAAGUCACUGAUGAAGGUUUGUUUGCUUAUAUUGAAUCAAACCCACCUCAAGCCUAUUUUAGUGCUAACCUAUCUGCACUAAUCGUAGCAUAUAAUGAUACAAAAAUAAAAAAAGGAAAAAGUUAUCUUAGAUUAUUAAAUGGGAGCUUGUCUGUAUUCAUUCUUUCUGUCGAGCUUCCUGAAGUUGUGUUUCCCAUAACUCAAGCAUCAUCGGCUCAGUAUAUGAAACUGAUGCCAGAUGGGCAUUUAAAAGUGUUUGGAUGGCAAUCAAACAAUUGGCAACAGGUUGGUGAUCUAUUUACUGGCUCUCAUGAUGAUGAUUUAAUAGGAGAAUGUGAUUAUCCUUUGGCUUGUGGGAGAAAUGCCCUUUGCUUGAAUAAUGAUAACGCAGAAUGUGUUUGUCCUGUAUCAAACCCCCCUGAGAUACAAUAUUUCCGAGCAGUAAACAAUAUAGAACCCAACCUCGGUUGCUCUGAAAUUACUCCUCUCACGUGUAAUGCAACCCAAGAUCAAGAUUUAAUUGCAGUCGAUUACAGCAGCUACUUUACAUUUACCGCCAACUUGCAGAAUGUGAGUUUGGAGACAUGCAAACAAGAAUGUUUGAGAAAUUGUUCAUGCAAAGCAGCUCUAUUUCAGUAUGAUUAUGAUAGCAAUUCAAGUGGAGAAUGUUAUCUACCUACUGACCUACUUACACUGGCUACUGAUCCAGUUAAUAAUUAUAAAAAUUUUAAAGUUUUUAUAAAAGUCCAGAAUCCAUUUGCAUCACAAAAGAGAAAGAACCAAACUGCGAAAGUCUUAGGUCCCGCCAUUGGAAUCCCUCUUAUUGUGGUGGUAGGUUUUGUUAUGUUUAUUGUCCACAAGAAAAGACAACAUACUCAAACGGAAGAAGAACAAGAAGAGUGUUUUGAUCAAGUACGAGGAUUGCCCACUCGGUUUUCCUAUGGCGAGUUGAAAGCUGCCACUGGUAAUUUUUGUAAAAAGCUUGGUGAAGGAGGAUUUGGAACAGUUUUCGAAGGGAUCCUAGAAGAUGGCUCCAAAAUUGCAGUUAAAUAUCUUCAGGGUCAUGGGCAGGUCAACAAAUCAUUCCUAGCUGAGGUUGAAUCAAUUGGCAGCAUUCACCAUGUGAAUUUAGUGAGGCUCAGAGGAUACUCUGCUUGGAAAUCUCAACGACUUCUCGUAUAUGACUUCAUGUGUAACGGGUCAUUAGAUCAUUGGAUCUACCAUGGAGAUCUGCAGGGGCAUGUACUAGAUUGGGAAUGCAGAAAAAACAUUAUUCUUCAUAUUGCUAAAGGAUUAGCAUAUCUUCAUGAAGAGUGUAGGCAACAGAUUAUCCACCUUGAUAUUAAGCCUCAAAACAUACUACUAGACGACGACUUUAAUGCCAAGGUAUCUGAUUUUGGGUUAUCUAAGCUUGUCGACAAAAAUAAAACCCAAGUGAUGACUACUAUAAAAGGAACCCCGGGGUAUAUUGCUCCAGAAUGUUGGAGCAGCUCAAUUAUAACCGAAAAGGUGGACGUAUAUAGCUUUGGGAUCGUUGUCUUGGAGAUCUUAUGUGGGAGGAAGAUUUUCGAUAGAUCUCUUCCAGAAGAAAGUUGGCAUUUACUAGCCGUCUUUCAAAAAAGCUGGGAGCAAGGAACGUUGUUAGAUAUGGUUGACAAGUACAGUGAAAAUAUGCAAGCAAAUGGUGCCGAGGUGGUGGAGAUGAUGAAAGUAGCUUCAUGGUGUUUACAAACCGAUUCUACGAGAAGGCCUUCAAUGUCGACGGUUGUUAAGGUGUUAGAAGAUGGAAUGAGUGUUGAAUCGAAUUUGGAUUACAACUUCACAGAUCUGAGAAUGCUGAAAACAGCAAUUGCACAAGAGAAAGAGCUGACACAGAUGAUGCCUUCUAUUCUUUCAUGGCCAAGGUAA